UUAUGUUGUUUGUUGAUGUGUCAAACUAAUAAGUUUGAACAUAUCUGGAAUAUAAUAUUAUAUUAAAUUUUUUUAAUAUAAAAAUGCCAGAAAAAGAUAUAUCGUUCGAAGAAAUGCAAGAAGAUAUUCGUGCGCAAUUAGAUAAGCUGAGAACCGAAGAGGUAGCAUUAAACGAAGAAAUGAAUAUAAUCAUGAAUCAAGCUCCUUUCGUUGAUGAGAAAAUAAGAAAUUUGAAAAAAUUACUUCCAUCACUGAAAAUUAUAAAGAAUGAAGCAAUGGAUUUAGUAGAAACAAUCAAAGAUAUAUCAGAGUCUUCUGAGAAAAUAAGUGGAAAAAUACGCUCCUUAGAUGAAGCUAGAAAUCGUGUAGAUGAAUGUCAAAAUAGAGUUUGCGAUCUUAUAGAUUUGGAAAUUUGUUCUCAAGGUGUUCAAGCAGCAAUUCUGGACUCAGAUUAUGAAAAAGGUGCAGCACAUGUGCAUAGAUUUUUAUCUAUGGAUCAAUCACUUCUUAAAAAAACUGCAACCGAUGUCGAAAAUGUUUCCAAUACUCUGAAAUCAGUUCGCACUCUUCAAGAUGCUACUAGUCAAUUAAGAGCUUUAGUUGAACACAAAUUCAAUGAAGCUGUGAGAAAUGAAGACUUGGUGUCAAUUGAAAGAUUUUUCAAAAUUUUUCCUCUACUAGGAAUGUAUGAAACUGGAAUUACUGAGUUUUGUACAUAUUUAAGGGGAAAAGUUUCAAUCACAGCAGAAAAGAACUUGAAAACUGCUAUAACAACACCAUUGUCUGAUAAAAGACAUCCUGUUAUUUUUGCUGAUACCUUAACAUUAUUAUUUGAAGGAUUAGCAAAGGUUAUUGAUGUUCAUCAACCUCUUCUUGAGACAUAUUAUGGGCCUGGUAGAUUAUACAACGCUGUAAAUAUUUUGCAAAAAGAAUGUGAUAUUCAGGUCAAAAGAAUUUUUAAUGAAUGGCUAAAAUACAGACAAAUAAAUAAAAAAAUGCAACUCAUAACGGAGACAAGCAAGAUGGGCCCCAAUUCAAGUUUUAGUAAAUUGGAACGAAUUGACCCUAAAGACUUAGAUAUACUGAUAGGCGAAAUCACACUUAUGCAUUAUAGAAGUGAACUUUAUAUAAGAUUUAUUCAGAGAAAAGUCUUGGCUGAUAUAGAUGUUGGAAUUCUUGAUUCUGAGAAAAGAGGGGAAGCAGUGAAUAUUUUCAAUCAAACUAUUAAAAACAGUGAUUUGUCACAAUUGAAACAUGAACUUCUUUCACAUUAUUUGAGGUUGGAGCAAUAUUUUAUGGAAGAAUCCAUAAAUAAAGCAGUGGCAAUGGAUUUCAUGGAUUCUUCCCAACAAACUUCAAGUAUGGUAGACGACACAUUUUUCAUCGUCAGGAAGUGCAUUAGGAGAUCUAUAUCUAGUGGUAAUUUGGAUGGAAUAUGUGUACUCAUAAACACCGCUUGUAGAGUCUUGGAAAAUGAUUUUUGCGAUGUUUUGAGGACAAAACUCAAACAAGGAUAUCCAUCAGGAUAUUUAGAUUUAACUCAGGCCUACAAUGUGUUGCAGACUAUUCAACAGGGUAGAUUACAAUCAGGGGACACGGAACAAUCUAGAAUAGCUUUUAUUGUAGCUCUCAAUAACGCUGAUAGCUGCAUAGAAUACGUGGAUGCAUUGUGCGAUGGUGUUCUGAAGGAAAUAGAACAAGCUUUACCUCCUAUGAAUUCCAACGAACAAGGUAAACUGGAAAGCUGUCUUUCAGGCUUAUCUUCAGUCACCUCUAAUUUGAAAGAUAUUCUGGAGUAUGGAGUACAGCAACUUCGUUCUAGCGUUUUAAAGCCAAGAGUUAAUCCAUGGGUAGAUGCUUUUCUGAAUAUAAAUCAUCAAUUCACAGAGGAAGAAUUGUCUCAAUACGAAGCUGGAGAAACGUUUGUGCAGACUCUGAUUAUGAAUUUAGAAUCCCUGUUGAGUUCAUUCAAGGAACAGUUAUCUUCGUCAAAUUUUGAUGCUUUUGUCAGUGCCCUUACUACCGAAGUUACACAGAGAUUGGAGAAGGUCAUAUUGAAAUCUACAUUCAAUAAUUUAGGCGGUUUGGUUUUGGAUAAAGAAGUUAGAUCGCUUGCUAGCUACAUAACAGCAGCUACGUCUUGGUCAGUUCGAGAUAAAUUCGCAAGAUUGACUCAGAUAGCAACUGUUCUCAACUUGGAACAGGUUUCUGAGAUUUCUGAAUAUUGGGGCAAUCACGAUGGAGCUCUAACUUGGAGACUUACACCUUCGGAAUUGAAAUCGUUCAUGCUUCUAAGGACUGACUUCAAGGCAGAUGAUAUAAAACGAUUAAAACUUUAAAAUGGCAUAACAUUAAGUUCUAAAGAAAUUAUUUUAGGAAAGAUAUGCUAAACAAGUUUGUAAAUUAAAAUAUUUAUUCCUUAAUAUUUACAAAAUCUUUAAACAUAAACUUGAACAUGUGAAAUAUGUGCAAGUUCCUUUGAUGAAUUUCAGCAGGACGGAGAUUUGUUUAAUGGUUCAACAAAAAAAAAAAAAAAAACACCAUUGUAGAGGUAACAAUUUUGUAAUUUUACUGUACAACAAAAUUGUAUUUUCACCUUUUUGUAUCACAGAACAAUGUCAUUAGCAAUUAAAACUUACCAAAUAUGAACUUUAGUAUUUAAAAAUAGUUUUUAUGACAUUAACCUAAAAGUGGCUGAUUCCAAAAAUAUACAAAACAAGUUACUACCU